UUUAUCACAUUAUUAAAAAACAAGUUGAACAGAUUCAAGAACCUACUUAGUGCUGAUUACCCAGCAUGCUCUGAGGAGGAGGAGGAGGACUGUGUUGGAGAGGGUGUGCUGAAGAUCACACUACACCUCCUGAAGAACAUGAAGCAGAAACACCUCGCUCACAAACUGCAGAUCAAGCUGGCCUCUGUGUAUCAGCGGAAGCUCAAAUCCAAACUUCUAGAUAAAUGUAAAAGAAUUAAUGAAGGAGUCUCACAGCAUGGGACAUCAACACUUCUAAAUCAGAUAUACACAGAGCUCUACAUCACAGAGGGUGGGAGUGGAGACGUCAAUAAUGAACAUGAGGUGAGACAGCUUGAGACAGCGUUCAGGAGACCAGCAGUAGAGGACACACCUAUCAAAUGUAAUGAGCUCUUUAAAGACAAGUCUAUCAGAAGUGUGCUGACUAAAGGAGUAGCUGGAAUUGGAAAAACCGUCUCUGUGCAGAAGUUCGUUCUGGACUGGGCUGAAGGGACAGUGAAUCAGGACGUCCUCUUCCUGUUUCCUCUUCCCUUUAGAGAACUGAACUUGGUCAAGCAGGAAAACUUUAGUCUGAUUACACUUCUUCAUCAGUUUUUCCCUGAACUUAAGGACUUGGAAGUAAUAGACAGUGAUGUCUACAAAGUUCUGUUCAUCUUUGAUGGUCUGGAUGAGUGUCGACUUCCUCUAAAUUUCCAGGAGAAUGAGAUGUUGUGUGAUGUGACAGAGUCAGUCUCAGUGGAUGUGCUGCUCACAAACCUCAUCAAGGGGAACCUGCUUCCCUCUGCUCUUCUCUGGAUCACCACUCGACCGGCAGCAGCCAAUCAGAUCCCUCCUGAGUGUGUAAACCAGGUAACAGAGGUACGAGGGUUCAGUGAUGCUCAGAAAGAGGAGUACUUCAGGAAGAAGAUCAGUAAUCAGAGCCUGGCCAAUAAAAUCAUCAGACACAUGAAGUCUUCCAGAAGCCUCUACAUCAUGUGCCACAUCCCAGUCUUCUGCUGGAUCUCAGCCACUGUUCUAGAGAGAAUGUUGGGUGAAGGAGAGAGUGGAGAGAUCCCUAAGACCCUGACUCAAAUGUUUACACACUUCCUGGUCUUUCAGAUCAAACACAAGGACCAAAAGUACCAGCAGAAAUGUGACCUUGAUCUUCCCCAGACCAGAGAGAGUAUCCUGGCUUUGGGAAAACUGGCGUUUCAACAGCUGGAAAAAGGAAACCUGAUGUUCUAUGAGGAAGACCUGAGAGAGUGUGGCAUUGAUGUUAAAGAAGUGGCAGUGUACUCAGGAGUGUGUACUCAGAUCCUCAGAACCGAGUCUGGACUCCACCUGGGGAAGAUGUUCAGCUUUGUGCAUCUGAGUGUUCAGGAGUUUUUGGCUGCUUUAUACACAUUUCUCUGCUUCCUCGACAAAAAGACAACAAUAAAACAAACCACUGAUCUGUCUGGUCUUUUCAAGAAGUCUGAAAUGUCUGAGUUUCUCAGGAGUGCAGUGGACCAGGCCUUACAGAGUGAGAACGGACACUUGGACCUGUUCCUCCGCUUCCUUCUGGGUCUCUCAGUGGAGUCUAAUCAGAAGCUCAUACGAGGUCUGCUGUCACACACAGGAAGCAGUUCUGACUACCAAAAGAACACAGUCGAGUACAUCAAGUUCAAGUUUGAAAAAAAUCCAUCUCCAGGACGAUUAAUUAAUCUGUUUUACUGUCUGAACGAGUUAAAUGAUGAUUCACUGGUGAAAGAGAUCCAAAGCUACUUGAGCUCAGGACGUCUCUCUGAAGCUGAACUCUCACCUGCUCAGUGGUCUGCUCUGGUCUUUGUGUUACUGACGUCUGAGGGGGAUCUGGAAGUGUUUGAGCUUCAGAAGUUUAUAAAGUCAGAUGAAUGCUUUAAGAGACUGCUGCCAGUCAUACAGGAAGCCACAACAGCUCUACUCAGUGAGUGUAACCUGACAGAGAGAAGCUGCUCGGCUUUACACACAGUUCUCAGCUCAGAAUCCUCCAAGCUGACUGAGGUGGAUCUGAGCAGGAAUCCUCUGGAGGACUCAGGAGUGAAGCUGCUUUGUGCUGGACUGAAGAGUCCAAACUGUAAACUGAAGACACUGAGACUUUCAGACUGCAGUAUAACAGAGGAAGGAUACACUGCUCUGGCUGAAGCUCUGAAAUCAUCUCACCUGAUAGAGCUGGAUCUCAGAGGGAACGACCCUGGAGACUCAGGAGUGAAGCUGCUCACUGAUUUACUACAGGAUCCAGACUGUACACUGAACACACUGAGUCUGUUGAAAAGUGCUGAGGCGGAGGAAGCCUGUGCUUCUUUAACUGAGCUUCUGGGUACAAACCCUUUACUGCAGAAAGAUCUGGAUCUGAGUGGGAAAAUAUCUGGAGACUUAGGAGUGAAGCAGCUCUCAGUUCUACUGAAGGAUCCACACUGCAGACCUGAGAAACUCAGGCUGAGUAAGAGCGGUAUUACAGAGAGAGGCUGUACUGAUCUGAUAUCAGCUCUUACUUCAAACCCUUCACACCUGACAGAGCUGGACCUGAGUGAGAACACCCUGGGAAAUGCAGGAGUGAAACAGAUCUCUACUCUACUGAAAAGUUCAUCCUGUAAACUCCAGAAACUUGCACUUUCAGACUGCAGUAUAACAGGUGAAGGAUACACUGCUCUGGUUAAAGCUCUGAUGUCAAACCCCUCAUCACACCUGGUAGAGCUGGACCUCAGAGGGAACGACCCUGAAACAUCAGGACUGAAGGAACUUAGGAAUUUGAUGAAAAAUACAAAAUGUAAACCAAAGACUUUGAGGUUGUUGAAAAGUCCUGAUGCACAGAGAGCUUGUGAUCAUCUGACUGGUGUUCUGGGUAUAAACCCCAUACUGCAGACGGAUCUGAAUCUGAGCGGGAAAAUAGACGGAGACUCAGGAGUAGAGCAACUCUGUGUUUUACUGAAGGAUCUACUGAAGGAUCCACACUGCAGACCUGAAACACUUCAACUCAGUGAGUGUAAUCUGACAGAGAGAGGAUGUUCAGCUCUGCUCACAGCUCUCAGAUCAGAAUCCUCCACCCUGAGGGAGCUGAAUCUGAGUAAGAACAGGAUUCAGGAUUCAGGAGUGAAGCUGCUCUCUGCAGAACUGGAGAAUAAACACUGGAAACUGCAGACUGUAAGGCUGAGUAAGAGCGGUAUUACAGAGAGAGGCUGUACUGAUCUGAUAUCAGCUCUUACUUCAAACCCUUCACACCUGACAGAGCUGGACCUGAGUGAGAACACCCUGGGAAAUGCAGGAGUGAAACAGAUCUCUACUCUACUGAAGAGUUCAUCCUGUAAACUCCAGAAACUUGUGCUGAGUAAGAGCGGUAUUACAGAGAGAGGCUGUACUGAUCUGAUAUCAGCUCUUACUUCAAACCCUUCACACCUGACAGAGCUGGACCUGAGUGAGAACACCCUGGGAAAGGCAGGAGUGAAACAGAUCUCUACUCUACUGAAGAGUUCAUCCUGUAAACUCCAGAAACUUGUACUUUCAGACUGCAGUAUAACAGGUGAAGGAUACACUGCUCUGGUUAAAGCUCUGAUGUCAAACCCCUCAUCACACCUGAUAGAGCUGGACCUCAGAGGGAACGACCCUGGAACAUCAGGACUGAAGGAACUUAGGAAUUUGAUGAAAAAUACAAAAUGUAAACUGAAUACUUUGAGGUUGUUGAAAAGUCCUGAUGCACAGAGAGCUUGUGAUCAUCUGACUGGUGUUCUGGGUAUAAACCCCAUACUGCAGACGGAUCUGAAUCUGAGCGGGAAAAUACAAGGAGACUCAGGAGUAGAGCAACUCUCUGUUUUACUGAAGGAUCCACACUGCAGACCUGAAACACUUCAACUCAGUGAGUGUAAUCUGACAGAGAGAGGAUGUUCAGCUCUGCUCACAGCUCUCAGAUCAGAAUCCUCCACCCUGAGGGAGCUGAAUUUGAGUAAGAACAGGAUUCAGGAUUCAGGAGUGAAGCUGCUCUCUGCAGAACUGAAGAAUAAACACUGGAAACUGCAGACUGUGAGGCUGAGUAAGAGCGGUAUUACAGAGAGAGGCUGUACUGAUCUGAUAUCAGCUCUUACUUCAAACCCUUCACACCUGACAGAGCUGGACCUGAGUGAGAACACCCUGGGAAAUGCAGGAGUGAAACAGAUCUCUACUCUACUGAAGAGUUCAUCCUGUAAACUCCAGAAACUUGUACUUUCAGACUGCAGUAUAACAGAGGAAGGAUACACUGCUCUGGCUGAAGCUCUGAAAUCAUCUCACCUGAUAGAGCUGGAUCUCAGAGGGAACGACCCUGGAGACUCAGGAGUGAAGCUGCUCACUGAUUUACUACAGGAUCCAGACUGUACACUGAACACACUGAGGUUGUUAAAAAGUGCUGAUGCAGAGGAAGCCUGCAAGUGUCUCACUAACAUUGUAGGUAAAAACCCGUUACUGCACAAGGAGCUGGACCUGAACUACAGUACAACUAAAGACAUUAAAGUGAAUCAGCUCUCGGCUUUGCUGCAGGAUCCACAUUACAGACUGCAGAAACUCACACUGUGUAAGAGUGUAAGUGUGAAAUCCUGCACUGAUGUGGUUUCAGCUCUCUGUACAAAUCCGUCACACAUCAGAGAGCUGGAUUUGAGUGGGUGUGAACUAGAAGACUCAGGAGUGGAGAAGCUCUGUGAUUUACUGAAGAAACACGAGUGUAAACUGGAGACACUGAGGUUAAUGAAUUGCAGUAUAACAGAUAGACACUGUGCUGCUCUGACUGCUGCACUAAAGUUAAACUACUCACAUCUAAAAUAUCUGGAUCUGAGGGAGAAUGAACUGGGAAAUUCAGUCACACAACUCGAGGAAUUUCUGCAGCGUUCAGGAGGACGACUAGAGUAAGUAAACUUAACACACAGACAGAGUAGUGCAGAAUGUGUACUUUCUGUAGAAUAUAAUGUAGCUGUAAGAGUGAAGUGAAAGAGGAAUAUAAA